GAGCCUGGUAUAUUCCCAGACUUUCUUCUAUCUGAGAAGGCAGCAGCAGUAGCCUGCUCAUGGCCCAUCUAAGAUGUUCCUAACUGGCACACAUAUAUAUGUACCCAUAUCAGACUUCUCUCCAUCUCACAAUAUUGAGAAUUAACAUCUAAAGUCAUACCAGACAUAAAGAUCUACAGAAGUUUAUCUUAAAUGCAACUGCUGGGGGUGGAAAUGCUUAAGCAUUUCAGUCUCAGCGUUUGGCAGCCUCUAAUGUUUCAAUGUUUGAUGAAUGAAGCUCCUUUUAUUUGGAAGGCCUUGUCCGAUGUCUGGGAGCUCAACAAAAGCAGAGAGAAACUAAGUGGAAUAGGUAAAGUAAAGGCCAAGUCCCCCACGCACCGGACCAGGUACGGGUGCAAAAAGCAGACAUCAAGGUCUUCAGCGGAGCCACAGCCCGCGGCUGCAAUUAAACGGGAGUGGGUGGAGCCCUGUCUUUAACCCCGCCCACGACUGAGAGGACUCGCAGCCAAUGAAUGGGCGGUCUGGGGCGGAGCGACCUGCGUACGACGUGACGCCAUCACGCUCCGCUCGGCGCUCUGCCGGGCGUACGCCGAAACUGUGGAGCUCUGAGGUGACCGCCGGCCGCGCGCCGUCGCGGAAGUGGGUUGUUUUCGGGUCCCGAGUUGCUGCAGCGUGGGAGCCCUUUAGGUAACCAAAGCCACAUCAUGUCCGUAGUUCGUUCAUCCGUCCAUGCCAAAUGGGUCGUGGGCAAGGUGAUUGGGACAGCCAUGCAAAAAACUGCUAAAGUGAGAGUGACCAGACUUGUUCUGGAUCCCUAUUUAUUAAAGUAUUUUAAUAAGCGAAAAACCUACUUUGCCCAUGAUGCUCUCCAGCAGUGCACCGUUGGGGAUAUUGUGCUUCUCAAAGCGCUCCCUGUCCCGAGAACAAAGCACGUGAAGCAUGAACUGGCUGAGAUCGUUUUCAAAGUUGGACAAGUCGUAGAUCCAGUGACCGGAAAGCGCUGUGCAGGAACCACCUACCUGGAGAGCCCAGUUGAUCUGGAGACCACCCCCCUAGCCAAAAACCUGGGAGAACUCAAUCUCUCCACAACACAGUGAAGGAGGAUCGGAAAACAGAGCCAAAAGGGAAUUUCUAAGUUUACUCUAUGGAAGAGUUUUUCUCAGUUUCCUCACAAACCGUCCAGUUUCUCGUCUGGUAUUUAUGAAAUCACUAAAAAUAAAUGAAGUAAAGUCUUUGUUAUAAUUUUUCAUAAAGGUU